AUGCCUACUCCUUUGGGUGAUACACUUCCUUCAUUAACUCCUCUGUCUACUUCAGAUAAUCCUCGACAUACUCAUCUGCCUAUUCAUCACGACCCUCAAUUCCCUUACGCGCAAGAACUAGACGAUUUGUCAACAGCUACUUCGCGCCAUAGAAACAUUUCUUCCAAAUCCAAAUCCAAACCUAAAUCUCACUCAAAUUUACACGGCGCAACACAAGCAGAAGAUUCACAACAUUUACUCGGCGACCAAGACUCUGCAGACGAAGACGAGGAAGAGGAUCUUGAAACGGAUUCUAUGGGGACUCGUUCUCGCAAAGGCAAAGCUUCAGAGCCACUAGGCUCUUCCUCUGCCACAGGAGGUGAAGAUUCCCAUCUACCAAUUAUCACCAUGAACGGCAAUGUCGAGUACCGGCGCAAGCAUGCGAACCUCGACUCUCCCCUAGUGACCGCAAAUCUCAUGGCGCGCGAGUCUUUUACCUUGGAUGAUCCUAUACCAAAGACCCCUAUCCUUAAUAACCAUGGGUUUUCCGAAUUGCCCAUGCAAGACAAAAGGAACUUCUUACUUCUAGUCCUUUUAUAUUUCCUGCAGGGUGUUCCUAUGGGUCUUGCGACAGGUUCGGUACCUUUCUUACUCAAACCACAUAUGUCCUACAGUGCCUUGGGGGUGUUCAGCUUGGCUUCAUAUCCAUAUUCUUUGAAGCUGCUUUGGAGUCCAAUAGUGGAUGCGAUAUGGAGUCCAAAAGUAGGACGAAGAAAGAGUUGGAUCAUGCCAAUUCAAAUGCUGUCAGGAUUCGGAAUGAUAUGGCUAGGCUCCCAAAUUAAGGAAAUGAUGAUUACAGCCGGAGCAAACGAUGGAGCAGGAAUUUGGACUUUCACCGGGUGGUGGUUCUUUUUGGUAUUUAUGUGCGCCACACAGGACAUCGCAGUUGAUGGAUGGGCGCUUACCUUGUUGUCACCCGGAAAUAUCUCAUACGCAUCGACCGCUCAGACUGUGGGAUUGACAGCUGGACAAUUCAUGUCCUUCACAGUUUUCCUAGCUUUCAAUGCUCCAGACUUCGCCAACAAAUGGUUCCGAAAGACUCCCCUGGAUGAAGGUGUCAUGACAUUGGGAGGAUAUCUCACGUUUUGGGGGUGGACAUACAUAAUUGUUACUAUUGGCCUGGCGCUUUUGAAGCGCGAAGAGAAAACCCGGAACGAAGAUGGGAUUUGGGAUGUCUAUAGGGUUAUGUGGGGAGUGCUGAAGCUCAAGAAUAUCCAAACCAUCAUUAUUAUCCACUUGAUUGCAAAGAUUGGCUUCCAAGCUAAUGAUGCUGUUACGAAUCUCAAACUCAUCGAUAAAGGAUUUAGUCAAGAAGAUAUGGCUUUGACAGUACUCAUUGACUUUCCCUUUGAGAUUGGCUUGGGCUACUAUGCUGGAAAAUGGUCAACAUCCUACACACCUUUACGUCUUUGGUGUUGGGGAUUUGUUGGUCGUUUGGUCGCUGCCAUUAUCGCUCAAAUCACGGUCAUUAUCUUUCCUGUAAAUGGAGUGGAUACUUGGUAUCUACUUGUUGUUAUAGCGGAACAUAUUUUCUCGACAUUUACCAACACUGUUAUGUUCGUGGCCAUCUCAGCUUUCCAUGCUAGAAUUGCGGAUCCUGUCAUUGGUGGAACUUAUAUGACCUUGCUCGCUACUGUUUCUAAUUUGGGUGGUACCUUCCCUCGUUUCUUCGUCCUCAAGCUCGUUGAUUACUUUACUACUGCAACAUGUAUUCCACCCGGAGCCGGUUACACACUUGCAGCUGAUCUCAAAGGACCCCUCAUCACAUCGUCCUUCUCCUGCGCCAUGGCUGCCGAGAAAGAUCGCUGUUUGUCUGGAGGAGGCAUAUGUGACAUCGAGAGAGAUGGAUACUAUGUCGUGAAUAUUAUCUGUGUCAUUUUUGGGGCUGUAACAUUCUGGGGAUACAUCAAACCAGCAGCUCUAAAGUUACAAGCUCUACCAUUGAGAGCCUGGAGAAUUGGUGAAGGCAACGCUUAA